AUGCUUGAAGAGACCUCACCACUUCUUGGUGGGCAGCGGAAAGUCACGAGAUGGUCAUCAAUUUACUGGUUGUCUGCUGUCAUCUUCUGCCUGUCCGCUGCGGGGGCCUUGCUCAAUGUACCCCUGACUCAACUCAUCGAAAACAACCUCUGCAGUCGAUAUGCUGAAGGCGCCCCAACUAAAGAGCUCUGCAAGACUGAUAAAAUCCAGUCCAAGUUGGCUUAUCUAAAUGGCUACCUCCCCCUUGUGGAGGCUGUAGUUGGUCUUAUUGUGGCGUUUCCAUUUGGAGCUUUAGCUGACAGAAUCGGUCGAAAACCCAUCAUUAUUCUGUCAACGUUUGGAACAUCACUAUCCUUGGCCUGGGAAUUAGCUGUAAUUGCUUUACCUAGCAUCAUUCCAGUUCAGUUCAUCCUGGCUGGUCCAUUGUUUGCUAUCGUCGGUGGUGGAAAUACCGUGCUUAUCGCUAAUCUGUACUCGAUCGCGUCCGAUUUGGUAGUUCAAUCAGACCGAGCUUCCACAUUCUUCCUCAUGGCAUUCGCCAGUCUGGUCGGUGCCUCUGUUGGGCCAGCUAUUUCCUCCAUCUUUAUGGAAAUAUUCUCACCUUGGGUUUCAACCUUCAUCGCCUUCUUGACCAAUCUGGCCGCUCUAAUCCCGCUCUUCUUCGUUCCCGAGACAUUGUCACCAUCAAAGCAAGACUCCACCUCCGAGCAAGAUCAUGCCGAGUCAGAAGAAGGGUCUCGUAGCUUCCGAUCGCGCGUAUCUCAGUCCCUUCACCUCGGCUCUUCCAUCGCAUUGCUGAAGUCACCUUCUUUGAUUCUGGUCUUGGCCACAUUUCUCACAGCUGUACCCGAGGCCCUAAGUACUUCACAGUUUUUGGCACAGUACAUUAGCAAGCGCUUUGAUUGGCCUCUCUCCAAAACAGGCUAUCUUUUGACCCUCCGCGGGGUCAUCCAUAUGGGAGUCCUGCUCUUUACACUUCCUCUACUCUCCAAGAUACUCUUGCGACACCAGCGUGCACCUGUCAAAGAUUUGAUGCUCGCCCGUGCCUCAGUUGCAAUUGCCGCCGUCGGAGCAUUCUACAUGGCUGCAUCACAGAUAGGAUUGGUGAUCGCUGGGCUAGCGAUUCAUAGCCUGGGAUCGGGUCUGGCCCCGCUGUGUCGCUCGCUAGCAACCAGCUAUGUGGGACCAGAGGACACGUCCAAAUUAAAUACGGCCAUCGGUAUAGUUAUAACAAUAGGGUCUCUGUUCGCUGGGCCGGCACUUGCGUGGUUAUUUGAGACGGGAAUGGAACUAGGAGGUGUGUCGCUUGGGCUGCCAUAUUAUGGGCUGGCAGGGUCGUUCGUGUUGUGCCUGGUGGGCUUGAUGUUUGUUCAUCCUCCUGCACAGGGAGAGGAGAUCGAUGAAUCCUAG